AUGUACCCGAGACAUAAACAAAGAGGCACCGCUGAUGCUAGUUGCAAUGUUGCAAUGGGCAUUUUGAGGACAUCUUUGCACUGAUGCUGUUUUUUCUUGUAUAACAUAAAUGGACUGACACAAUCUGAGAUGGUGCUGAAAGAUCUUCCCAGAGAGGCUCUCCUGAGGCCUCUGUCUCGAAAUGAAGUCUUGGGGAUGCUGGUCAGGCUGACUAUCUUUGGAGCUGCUACUUACUACGGCAUCAAAUGGGUGGUGGAGGCUAUGGAUCCAACUUACAAGCAGAAAAAUCAGGCCAAGAAACGGGCAGAGCAGCUGAUGAAAAGCAUUGGCGUUGAGGGAGUCAGCCUGACAGAGUACGAGAUGAACAUCGCAUCUCACCUUGUUGAUCCUCAAACUAUGAAGGUGACCUGGAGAGAUAUUGCUGGUCUUGAUGAAAUUGUACAUGAGCUUCAGGACACAGUAAUCUUGCCAUUUCAGAAAAGACACCUGCUGGCGGGAUCCAAACUUUUCCAACCCCCUAAAGGUGUUUUGCUGUUUGGUCCUCCUGGCUGUGGGAAGACUAUGAUUGCUAAAGCCACAGCCCGAGCCUCUGGAUGUAAGUUUAUAAACCUGCAGGCAUCGACCCUGACUGACAUGUGGUAUGGAGAAUCCCAGAAGCUGACUGCUGCUGUUUUCUCACUGGCUGUCAAAAUCCAGCCCUGCAUCAUCUUUAUUGAUGAAAUUGAGUCAUUUUUAAGGAACCGAUCCAGUCUUGACCAUGAGGCCACAGCUAUGAUGAAAGCCCAGUUCAUGAGUCUCUGGGAUGGGCUGGAUACAUCCACAACAACUCAGGUAAUGGUUAUGGGCGCAACAAACAGGCCCCAGGAUGUGGACCCAGCCAUUCUUCGCCGGAUGCCUACCACUUUUCAUGUGGGACUACCAAAUGCAAGGCAAAGACAGGAUAUCCUGCGUCUGAUUUUAGCCGGUGAAAAUUUGAGCAAUGCGAUAAACCUCAAAGAAAUUGCAGAGAAGACAGAGGGGUACUCAGGCAGUGACCUCCGGGAACUGUGCCGGGACGCAGCAAUGUAUCGUGUGAGAGAUUACGUCCGAAAGGAGCAAAUGAGACAGAUCGCACAGCAGCUCCAGGACAACGAAGAGGAGGAAGAGAAACCCGUGAGUGAAGGGCGCUUGAGGCCAGUAACUCAACUUGAUCUCCUCUUUGGACUGGACAAGAUGAAGGAAUCCAAACGUGCAACAGCUAUCAUGUCACCUUGUGCUGCAGAUGUGCCACUGGACUAAUAACACAUCAGCCAUGUUUUACACAAAGAUACAGUGUAGGGCCAUACAGAGAGACAAGGCCAAUAUGAGGUAAAUUGUUUAGAUAUAAAUGCAUGUGUUUGCACUGAGUGUGAGGGAAUGAGCAGCCCCAAAAUACCACUAUUUAAGUUACUGAGUACAUAUUUUAAAAAAUGUGAAAAAGAAAUGCAAGUUUACUUUGUAAAGGUCUCUGGUUUCAACAGUUAUUUUUUCAGCAAAUAACUAACAGAAUAUCACAGGUGUUUGUGUAUUUAUUAGAGCUGCUAACAUUACACAUUUAGUGGCUCUGACAAAUUUUCUUGACAAAUGUUAUGUUGUAU